AUGCUCUCCUCCCCCUCUGUCCUCACGAAGCGCUACAGCAUCGUCCUCGAAGAGAAGGUAGCGACCACGACCCGCAUCAUCGAGCAAGAAGACUUUGACACUGCCAACUCCGGCAGUGGUCAUGAAGUCACAUCCAUUGAUGAGGGACUAACAGUCCUCCAUAUCUACUCCAAGGAUAUCAGCAAGUGUCUGAUGGAUUUCUUAAAGUCGAAGCUCUUACCAGCCUUGUCUACACCCACUACCGAGGAAGCGGUUGACAAGGUCGUUUCAGUGCAAGAUGAAUCUGCCACCACUACUGAACUUGCCAUCACUGCUGCUAGUGGUGACGAAGAGGCCUUGUCCGUCGAACAAGAGUCUGCUUCCAUCAUUGAACAGGAGUUUGCGUCCGUCUAA